AUGAGAUUUGUGAACGCCGUCCUGGCCGCAGUGGCCAUCAACGGUGUUGCUGCCAGCACCUGGUUUCCUGGAUCAAAGCCAGUUUACAACAAGUGGCAUGAGACCGAGUUGGAACGAUGGCUCUCUGAUCAUGAUGUUCCAUACCCCUCCCCGGCCGAUCGUAAGGAUCUCGAGUCCUUGAUUGAGAAGAACUGGGAUGCCUACGUCGUUUCCCCUUACAACAGCUGGGAUACCAACCAGCUGAGUGCUUACUUGCAGUCUAAGGGCAAGGAAACCAAGAAUGAAGCUGCCGCUUCCAAGGACAGCCUACUGUCCCAGGUGAAGGCCAACUGGUACGAGACUGAGAGCAAUGCCCAUUCUGCGUGGCUCAAUGUCAAGGAUUGGAUUCUUGAUACUUGGACUGAGAGUCAGCUUAAGGCAUUCGCCGACAAGCACGGAAUUCCCGCCCCUCAGCCCCGCCAGCGUGACACUCUUCUCCAGAAGGCUCGCUCUAACUACGAGACUGUUGCCAAGAAGGCUAACCAGGCUUCUUCUUACCCUGGAAACUGGCUCUACGAGACAUGGUCUGAAUCGGAUCUCAAGGAGUGGCUUGACACCCACGGCUUCCCUGCCCCUCAGCCUAUGACUCGUGACAAGCUCAUUGCCUCUGUUCGUCGUAACUCCCGCCUUGCCUACCUUAAGGCCCAGGACCAAGCCGCCAGUGCUACCGCCAGUGCUCAAGGUGCCUACGCUACCCUAACCGACAUGAUCAUUGAUGCCUGGAGCGAGUCGCAGCUCAAGGAGUUUUGUGAUAAGAACGGUAUCGCUGUUCCCCAGGGUACCAAGGCCAACGAACUCCGCGCUCUUGUUCGCAAGAACAGAGCUGACAUUCUCGGCGACAACAUUUCUGGAAGCGCCGCCUCUGCUUACGGUGCUGCUACUUCCAACGCUCAGAACCAGUACGCCAAGGCCACCGACAGUGCAUCACUUGCUGCGCAGGAUGCGUUCAACCAGGCUGUAGGCACUUGGUCCGACACCCGUCUUAAGUCCUACCUUGACGCUCGCGGUGUUCCCGUUCCCCAGGGCUCCAAGAAGAACGAGCUUGAGGCUUUGGUUCGCAAGAACGCUCACGUUGCUGCCCACGGCGGAAAUGCCUGGACCUUUGACGACUUCAGCUACGAUAACUUGAAGAAGUACCUGGAGCGCAGCGGAAAUGCUGCUGCCAAGCAAGCUGCUGAGAAGAAGGACGCUACCCGUGAUGAGCUUUACGACGCUGCUCAGUCCGCCUACUCUUCUGCUUCAUCGGCUGGCGGAUCAACCUGGGCCUCUGCCACUAGCUAUCUUACAUCCGCCACCAACUCUGCUAAGCAGUCCGCCUUUGAUGAGUGGUCUGAGACCGACCUUAAGGCUUACCUCGACAGCUACGGUGUUCCUGUCCCACAGGGAUCGAAGCUCGAGGACCUCAAGGCCGAGGCCCGAAAGCAAUCCACCUACUUUAAGUAUGGUACCAGCUCGCCAUCCGGAACCUUCUUCGCUAAGCUCGGAGAUACUGCUCGUGAUACCUACAACUGGGUUGCAAGCCAGCUUCAGCUUGGUGGUCAAGCCGCUAAGCAGAAGGCUGCUGAGGCUGAGGCUCAGGCUCAUGCCAAGAUCCGUGAGGAACUUUAA